GGCGGGUUGCAAGAUAGCUGGUUUCCUGACAAGCGUAUGCUGCAUCGGUUCAGCUCUGAGCCUUGCUUCAAUCUCAAUGGAUCGAUACCAGGCCAUCAUCAACUGCUUCGAGUACACCUCUCGCUCCAGCAUCAAAUACAUCACCAAAGUCGUAAUCUGGAUAUGGACCCAGGCCGUUAUAUGUAGCACUUUACCAUUGCUAGGUUGGGGCAAUAUAGACUACAGAAAGUUCAGGUACAUCUGUAGCAUAGAUUGGACGUAUCAUCUGAGUUACGCCAUAUUUAUGUUGGUGACCUGUUUCGCAUUUCCAUUGAUGGUUAUCACAUACUGCUACGUUAAGAUUAUAAAGGUGGCGCGGCAGCAUGCUAGGCGUAUCGCUGAUAUCUCAAUCCAGUUAACCAGGGAUCAACAUAACAGCCCGACCACUGGGACAAACUCAGGUGCACUUGCAUUAGCCAUGUUAGACCCAAUCGCAAGGAUAUCCAUGUUCAAUAGCACACACUCGGGGGAGAACUUUUCACAAGUAGAUCAUGAAGAAAACAGUGUCGCAAGCAAUGCUGACUUUGAUCAUGACACAACAAGCACAACUUCAAAUGUCGGUCAGUCAAAUACGAAAAAGAGCCUUAAGGCAACGUUACGAUUGUUCGCGUUGAUCCUCGUAUACCUCAUCUGCUGGUUUCCCUAUGUCGUUGUCAGUAUGAAAACGACCAUUGAUAACCAUACUGGCCAUGAUCCCUCCACGCCUGAGAUACAUGCUAUAGCUACAUGGCUUCUUUUGAUGAACAGCGCUAUAAAUCCAUACAUAUACACAAUGACAAAUAAACGAUUCCGCCAUACAUUGAAGAGGAUGCUACGUGGACAGAAGAAAAGGAAACGUGUUAAGAACACACGAUUCCGUGAAGCAGAUACACGACAUCACAGCAUGGCAUCCAAUGCGACUAUCACCACCAAAACAACCAGAUCUUCAUCUGCAUUUAGUGCAGCCAGUGACAGCGCAUACAGGAACAGUAUCUGUACAUCUGAGAUCACUCAGGACUCCUACAUAAGCGACCUCAGGCAAGUGGAAGCUGAUUUAGCACCACUUCCAAAACGAGGAGGAUCAGUCUCAAUGACAAACUCAUCAGGGCAAUUCUUAGAAGUUCCUAAAUUAAAUUAUGGCGGGGUUGACCUAGACACUUUAACAUAUGACAAAGCCAGGAGUCAAUCUAUCACAGCAGAGAGUUCCUUGUUGGUAGAUUUACAUGCCAUGCGAGCAUUACACGAGAAAAAACACACGUCUCGGCGUGUUUCUGCAGAUCCCGUUCUAGCGCCCUCUAGGGUGAGACUAGAAAGUAUUGACGAGGACUCAGAGCCAAGCCCAACAAAACAGAAUCCAAUCGCACAAUCUACAUGUGUUCUAACAGAUCUUAUUUGAAAUAAUAAAUAAAUU